UUUUAAUUAGAGAGGAAGAGAAAUGGUUGAAUCCUGGGGGGCCAAGUGAUGCAAAAAUUCUCAGACCCAAAUCAUCAAAAGCAUGGAACUGGUAAAGUGGAAAGUAAGAAAACAAAGCCCAUAAGCCAUCAUCAUCCAUUCCAUUUCAUUUCAUUUGGUAGCUCCCUUUUCUCUUUUUUCGGGUCUCGUGGUGUUCUCUAUUUCUUCACAAAUUAAAGAGGGUCCAAACUAAACUCAUUAUUCCUCCCUGCAACUCUGUGUUCACUGGUUCCCUUGAUGGUAAACUCUUCAGCUCCUCUUCAAUCAUUUUUAAAGCUCUGAGCUUAAACAAAACAUUGGAUACGACAUGGGUUUUCAGAGGUUUCUCAUAAUAUGACCAAUGUUUGGUAAGUUUUCUGCUUUUGCCGUUUACUAGUUGUUACUAGUGUCCAAAGAGAGACAAGGGUCAUUUUCUGUGUGCUGGCUGAUCUGUAGUUCACUUUGAUGAGUGGCACCGGUUCUUUUGGGGGAAGUAGAUCAGCUUCAAAGAUUGCAGCUUUUCAUUUUGCUUAUUUUCCAUAUUUUAUGAGGGGAAAUUAAGAAAUUGGUUGUUAAAUAGAGAAACAAAGAUUUGUCUCCACUGCAUCAUUUUCACCGUGAUGCUAUUGCUAUAUCUUGUUCCAUAUUAGCUGUGAAUCCUUGUCACUUAUGGGGGAUAUUAGGCUUACCCGGGUAGAGCAAGGUCAAACAAAGAUUAGAAAUGUUCCAAUUGCUGUCACCCCUGAAGGAUUUUGGUGUUGCCCUACUCCUGUUGGGUUUCAGAAAAGCCUCAAACCUCAAAACCCUUUGAAUAAACUCAAACCCUCUUCACCACCUCCAAAGCCUAGUUCCCAGAAAAAGGCUGUUUCGGAGAGUCAGAGAAAAACAGUGCCUUCCCCUUCAAGAUUGGCGGUUUCAGAUGCUCAACAAUGUAAUGAUGAUCCAGAAAGACCUCCGACUAGCACUUCUGUGCCUGCACAGAGAGCACCCAAAAAGGUGGCUAUUGAGUUUGGUGAACCUGGAACUUUUGACAUGAAGCUGCUUCUCCUUGGAAAGCAGGGAUUUUGUGUGAAGUUAAGUGUGCACAGGGAUGUUCUAAUAGAGAAGAGUAGCUUCUUUGCUGAUAAACUUUCUGAACAAUCUAGUUUGUCAUGUCUCCAAGUUGAUGACUGUGAGGAUGUUGAAAUAUAUGUUGAGACUGUUGGGCUUAUGUACUGCAAAGAAAUGAAACAGCAGCUAAUGAAGCAAAGUGUUUCUCGCAUUCUUCGAAUACUCAAGGUCGCAGAAUUCCUUGGCUUCAGCUCAUGUAUCCAAUCAUGUUUGGAGUACUUGGAGGCAGUCCCUUGGAAUGGAAAGGAAGAAGAAGAAAAGGUGAUCGCAACCGUCCUACGACUCCAAGGAGAAGGAAUCGGGGUAAAUCCGGUGCUAAAACGAGUUUCUCCUGAUAUUUCUAAUGCCCCAAAAGAUACCCUCUCCCACAUUGUUGAACUUGUUCUCAAAAGCAAUGAGGAGAGAGGUCGCCGAGAGAUGAAAUCCAUAGUUCUAAAGCUCCUUAGAGAGAAUAACAGUCUUCCAAGUUCUUCAGGCUCAGCUGACCUCUGUAAUGACAUGAUUAAUAAGUCAUGCAGAAGAUGCAUGGAUUCUUUAUUGUGUCUGUUCAACCAGGUGGCAGAGCCAGGCUUUAGUGAUAACAAAGAACCUGUAGUAAAACAUAUAGCUCUUGAAGCUGAUAACUUGUCAUGGUUGCUUGAGAUUUUAGUUGACAAACAAGCUGCUGAAGAUUUUGCACUGAUGUGGGCAAACCAGCAGGAAUUGGCAGCCCUUCAUGGAAAGCUUCCGAUUGUGUUUCGUUAUCAUGUCAGUUGCAUUUCAGGAAGACUAUAUGUUGGCAUUGGAAGAGGGGAGGUUUUGCCAUCAAAGAACACACGCCAGUUCUUGUUGCAGACAUGGCUACAGCCUCUAAUCAAUGACUAUAACUGGUUGCAGCACGGGUGCGGGUCAUUCGAUAGGAAACUUGUGGAGGAAGGAAUUGGAAGGACAAUUCUCACCUUGCCUUUGGAGGAUCAGCAGAGUAUUUUGCUUUCAUGGGUUGGAAGUUUCUUGAAAACUGGUGAUGGCUGUCCCAAUCUUCAGAGAGCUUUUGAGGUGUGGUGGCGGAGGACUUUCAUUAGGCCAUAUGUGGAAGGCCAAACUAUUAACGUCAUGCCAGAUACGUGAUGAUAUGUUUAUGAUUCAUGAAUAUAUCUUAGAAUGGUUUUGGAAUUUGAAUUUUCUCUUUUGAGGUGACUAUUCUAAGCAAUUAUAAAUGUUAUGUUGAUUUGCCAAUGUGGCUUACCUCCAGCUGCUAACUAGUACUGAGUCCUGUAUAUAUGGCCGUUUCAUGUAUACAAUCACUCGUUGAAUUGUAACUUUCAGUAAUUAUACAAAUACUAAGGAUUUAGUUUUUCUAA